AUGAGACUUGAUAAGUUUUUCUCUGGCUACUUCUCCUCCCAAGAAUACACUUGCGACUUUUCGAACGGGCAUGGAUCGAUCAAGGGCGCCGUCAAGCUGAUGGGCACAGAGAAAGGAAGUGUCGUUGUAAGCGGCAUUCUGGAUGCAGGAGACAACGCAGAAGGAAUGCAUGGUUUUCAUGUUCAUGCGGAGGGCAAAAUCAGUCCCGACUGUACUGCAGCUGGAGGACACUUUAAAAGUGAUCCGAGCCAGAUUCACGGAUAUCCCGAAUUCAUCUAUCCUGAUCGCCACACAGGAGACUUGGGCAACGUCGAUAACAACAACGGCAAAAUGGAGGUGAACAUCGAAGACUCCCGCAUCUCGCUGGACCGAACAAGCGCUGAUUUCAUUGGCGACAAGGCGAUCGUCAUUCACGCUUUGCAAGACGAUGGCAACCCGACUCGAGAUCCAUCGUCGACCGGAGCAGCAGGAGCAAGGAUUGGCUGCUGCUUGAUCCAGCCAGUUUCCUACCAAUGUGACUUCCGAGCCGGCCAUGGCAUUAUCCGGGGCGUCGUCGAUAUCAAGCAGACCCAAGACGGAGUUAGUUUCACUGGCGAUCUUUCCUCCACUGACGAUGGCUUUACAGAUGGCGUUCAUGGAUUCCACGUCCAUGCAGUUGGCAACGUCUUUCCGGACUGCGGCGCUGCUGGCGGUCAUUUCAAAGGAACCCCUGAUCAGAUUCAUGGAUUUCCGUAUUUCAACGCGCCAGACCGCCACACAGGCGACUUGGGCAGCAUAACAGUUCAAGGAGGAACGAGCAAAGUCGACAUCACAGACAAAAUGGUCAGCCUUGAAGUUGGCAGCGAAAAUGACAUUACCGACAAAGCUAUUGUAAUUCACGCCUUGCCCGACGAUGGAAAUCCAGAUCGUGAUCCGAGCUCUACUGGAGCUGCUGGAGCUCGACUUGGUUGCUGUUUGAUUGAGAAAUUCCCUGCGAAAUAA